GCUUUGCACCCCGUUAGCUUUGACAUCAGCUGUUCUGCCUACCCAUCAGUAGCAUCCUGCUAGAAGAGACGGAGAAGCGCAAAUCCAUAGCAUGAUGUUUCUCUUAUUAAUUAUCGCGGGCCUCGGGGUGGUGACGCUGCUGGUGAUUUCAUUUGCACCACACAUACGAAGGUAUGCAGCAGGAGGAGUGUGCAAGUCCACAUCUAGGCUAGAUGGGAAGACGGUGCUUAUCACUGGAGCCAAUACUGGGAUUGGGAAGGAAACUGCUCUGGACCUGGCAAUACGAGGGGCUCGGGUGAUCAUGGCGUGCCGAGACGUGGAAAAGGGCGAGGAGACUGCAGCCAGUAUACGAGCUGUGUACUCCAGAGCACAAGUGGAGGUUCGAGAGCUUGACUUGGCAGAUACCUGCUCCAUACGAGCCUUUGCUCAGAGGUUUUUGAGAGAGGUCAACCAUCUUCAUAUUCUUAUCAACAAUGCUGGAGUGAUGAUGUGCCCCUAUAUGAAAACUAUCGAUGGCUUUGAAAUGCAUAUUGGAGUCAAUCAUUUGGGUCACUUCUUGUUGACGUACCUCCUGAUCGGGCUGUUGAAGCGCAGCGCGCCAGCCCGCAUCGUGGUGGUCUCCUCUCUGGCGCACAACUUUGGCUGGAUCCGUUUCCAUGACCUUCACAGCCAGGGCAGCUAUAACAGCGGAUUAGCAUACUGCCAGAGCAAACUGGCCAAUGUACUCUUUGCCAGAGAACUGGCUCGCAGACUCAAAGGUACUAAUGUGACAGUGAACUCAGUCCACCCGGGCACAGUGAACUCAGACUUGACCAGACACUCGACUCUCAUGACAAUAUUGUUCACCGUCUUCUCCAUGUUCCUGAAAACCCCGCGGGAAGGAGCACAAACCAGCAUAUACUGUGCCGUGGCAGAUGAACUGCACUCUAUCUCUGGGAAACACUUCAGCGACUGCGCCCCUGCCUUUGUAGCCCCUCAGGGAAGGAGCGAAGAGACAUCGAGGAGACUGUGGGACGUCAGCUGUGAGCUCCUCGGUAUCGAGUGGGACUGAUUCAGCUUUUAACUGCUAUCUGUCUCAGUUCUCCAAGGAGUCCUAACAUUUCUGUUCUUCUUCAUUCAUUUGUUUUAUUUGGGCUUUGAUGUUCUUUGAAUACUUUUUACAUAAUAAGCAUUCAGGUAAAUUAUAUAAACGAUACUAUAAUGUGAAGUUGCUUUUUUGUAAAUACAGAUACAUUGUAAAGAUUUGAGUAUUUUGGUGCUUCACAACAGCUCCUUAAACCAAAAUCACUCAACUAUAUUUUUGUGUUAACACAAAUACUUUUUAGGAGUUUUUUUGUGACACAAUGUGCAUACAGUGUAGGCAAAAAAAAAGCAACUUGAUGUAUUGUAAUGCUGUGGUGUGCAGUGAAGGGUUAAUGCAGGGUAAAAGACCAGCAUCUUUUUCAAAUAUUGUUUGCUUUCUCCAGAAUUUGCAGUUAAAUAGUUUGACUUUUGUGCCAGCACUUCUAAAAUUUGCAGGGGUUCUCAUUAUCAGCAUCAAGUAUUACGGGAGCUUGAACUGCAUAGAUGUAUUUUGUCAUAACUCUGCCGAUGUUCAGGAUAACAUUUUUCUACUUUGAAGCUAAUCAGAACUGGAAUCAUUUCACUGCAUGUUUGCAGAGAUUUUAUUCCCCACCUGCACUGGCACAGUCUACCUGCACAUUCCUGGAGGAACCACAGUUUCACAUUUUAAGGAUCUCCUAACUCAUAAUUCCUCUGCAGCAUUCACAUGUACAGAUGCCAAGAGUUUACAUCCAGUGUUUUAUACAAGUCAAACAUGCCUUUUACUACAAUUACAUUCAUGUUAAGAGUUGAAUGUUUACAUUUUAUGUAAAUAAACAGAAAUGUUCCUA